GAACCAGUCUCGUUUAGAUGCCGAGAAUAUCGCGGUGCAGCAGAUCUCCGCUAAAAGGAAAAUCGAACAGUAAAUAUGAACUUGACAUAAAAUCUCGUAAAUAAGUCACAGGGAGUGUUGAGUUAGACGUAACAUUUAAAGAAAACAAAUAAUGAAAGUGGCGCGAAUGUAAGCCAGAGUCGUAUAUUUUUCUAAGUAGUGGUAAUAAAAUUACGUGAAGUGCACUCAUCUGAUGGAGUAGGACAAUAUAAAUGAAUGGCUACAAGUAUUAAAAAAAUUGCAAAUUUAAGGAUUUAAUUUCACGUAAAAUGUCGCGCUACAGAUCUGACCCAGAAAUGUUGGAAUAUGAAGCUCCAAGUUUCUGCUCUAAAUUCCUGCACUAUACGUGGAAAACCAUCUCUUGUCUUUUUUCCCAUAUCACUCUAGUGGCUAUGGUGGUAUCAUAUUGUGUUUUGGGAGCCUACACAUUUGCUUCCCUAGAAGUCGACAAUGAAUUACAGGUCAAGAAGAGCAUACACCUUCUCAGAGAAGAAGUUAUACAGCAGCUGUGGAAUUACACCACAAUAUUGACUGUGUUCAAAAAUGAUACUUACAUUAUUGAAGCAUCUAAACACCUCAAAUCCUUCGAAGACGCCCUCCUCAAGGCCAUUACUAAGGACGGGUGGGACGGCGAAGAAAACGAUACUAUGAUCCAGUGGUCCUUCACGGGGUCCUUGUUCUAUUCCAUCAUCGUUAUUACUACCAUCGGUUACGGUAACUUAGCUCCGAGGACGACCUGGGGCAAGGUGGUGACCAUCUUCUACGCCAUCCUGGGCAUUCCGCUGAUGCUGAUCUGCUUAUCCAACAUAGGCGACGUUAUGGCCACGUCCUUCAGGUUCCUCUAUUGGAGAGUGUGCUGCUAUGUGUGCACCAAAAAGCCCAGGAGAAGGAAGUCCAGGUCCUUCAGGGGGCCUGGAAGAGGAUCUAACCGUAUCGAGCAAAGAGGAUCUUCUAGGUCUAGGAACGCUUCGUUUAAGCGAUCGGUUAGGAACUCCACCAGAUCCGCUGAUAGUGGAUUCGAAUUAUCCGACCUGGGAGGGAAUUACCAUUCAGAUACAGACCUGAGGUACCACGAGGAAGUUAUUCGUAGAGGUUCGACCCUUCCAAGGGUUCGGGGAGGCCGUCUUUCUGAGAAUAACCCUCCGAAGAACGUUCUGAACUCCUCCCAGAACCGCGUCAACCAUUUGCAGCAGACCCCCAAAGGUAACUCCCUGGACAGGAAGAGGUUCCAGAGGGACGUGGAGAUUGAGAUGGACCCCAUCUUGUUGGCGCACACCCCCAUACUCUGCAACAAGUAUGUGGUGGGGAAGAACGACGGGUUCGCGAGGAGUAUACCAGGUAAAGGGAUCACCGUAAGGGAUUCAGAAGGUGUCGGGAAGAUCCCAAAAGUCAACGACAGAAGAGCGAAGAGCAUGCCCAGGAACCAGCACUACUUGGAACCACCCAGGUUCCCUUCCCCUGAUUCCUCCGACAGGGAAGAACUUGAGUCUUUUAGGGGAGGGCGCAGGAAACACAGACACUCAGGGAGAAGGUCCAGGUCUCCAAACCCUCAGACAAGGGCCAGCCCUAGGAUGAUGACGCCUCUGGGAUACGGCCACUCCAAUAAGUACCUGGACGAUCCGGACUCGGACGACGACUACUACUACGACUACUACGACGAUUUCUACGACUUCAAAAGGGUCAGGACGAAGCCGGUGCCCAUCUGGCUGUGCGUGCUGCUGGUGGUCAGCUAUAUCCUAGCCGGGGCGUACCUUUUCAAGUACUGGGAAAAUUGGAAUUACUUGGAUGCGGCUUAUUUCUGUUUCAUAACGCUCACCACCAUAGGGUUCGGGGACCUGGUGCCGGCCAAGGGUGAGGCGCAGGACGCCAACAUCAGGAUAGCCCUCUGUUCGCUUUACUUGUUGUUCGGGAUUUCCUUGUUGGCUAUGAGUUUCAAUCUGGUGCAGGACGAGGUGAUCUCCAAGGUGAAGAGCGUGGCGAAGACGCUGGGGAUCAUCAAGAAGGACGAGGACGACCUGGAUGACGAGGGGUAGUCUUGUCGGUGUUGGUUUACGUUCGGUGUUUAUGGAUAAAGUGUUA